UGCAAACAUAUAAUUAUCCUUGCGGAAAACACAGCAUUGCCGAUGAUUCAAAAUACUUUAUAAAUGCUGUAAUGACAAGGCUAGAUAGCCCGCUAGCUAACUAAAGUGCGCGACUACAAUCUUACGGAAUCUAGCGAACUUUUUUUUUUUUUUACAAACAAAUUUGUAUCUGAUGUAUUAAUAUACCUCAAUACUGGGUGCAUUUACACUCAAAUUAGAAAUCCCGACCUAGAUAUUGACACUUGACACAAGCGAACAUUAAGGCUUCAAUUCAAAGUUGUUAGCGUAGCUGACACCAGCGAUGUAGUACCGCUAACGUUAGCUGGCUAGCCUGCCAACGUCUAUCCCAUGGGUGGAGGGAUACUGGCUGCAUAAUAUUCGUUUGCGAGUUCAGACCCGCUUCAGAUGUGAUUCGCGAGCUGGCUACCUACUUCGGCUAAAACACCAGCCUGGCAUGCUUUGUUACGUUUUUUGUAACCUAGCCUAAUUCAGACCAGCAAUGAAACGUGGAAUACAUAGCUACUUCGCGACUGAAGAAACUUUUUACCGAAGUAGCAAGCUAUCGACAGACAUGCUAGCCUGCUAAUUUUUCGAUGCAAGACUGGUAGCUAGUGGUAUCGGGUGUUACCUGAUAGAUAGCUAACAAAGCUAGCUAGUUUACCAAUGCUGUGCAUGAAUAGCUAGCUAACGAGUUAUGAAGCUAAUAUUUUAAGAACCGGAAACUUGAGAUUACGGACAUAUACCGUUAUAGAUAUAUUACACCAACGAAUUAUUUUUAACGAUGGGGUCGUUGAAGGCUUUACAAGAAUGGUGUCGGAUACAGUGCGAGAACUAUACUGGUGUGGAAAUAAAGAAUAUGUCAGCGUCAUUCAGAGAUGGUUUGGCUUUUUGUGCCAUAAUCCACAGACACAGACCGGAUUUGAUAGACUUCGAUUCCCUCUCCAAAGACAACGUCUAUGAAAACAACCACCUGGCCUUUGAGACGGCCGAGUCAGAGCUGGGCAUCCCGGCCCUGUUGGACGCUGAGGACAUGGUGUCCAUGAAAGUGCCUGAUCGCCUCAGCAUCAUCACCUACGUCUCCCAGUACUACAACUACUUCACCAACAAGUCUCACGCCAACCCUCCCUGCAUGAAGAGACCGAGUGGUACAGGCCACACAGGACCUGCAGUGAAGAGACCUGUUGCCCUGGACGAUGAGAGAGCGGGGGAGGCCAAGCAGAGCGCUCCCGUUCAGACAGGCGUAGACGACCAAUCAAAACGCAGCACACUGAGCAGCACCUGCGCAGCCUGCCAGAAGCACGUUCAUCUGGUGCAGAGGUUCCUGGCCGAUGGCAAACUCUACCACCGCAACUGUUUCAGGUGCAGGGAGUGCUGUAGCACCCUCUUACCCGGCUCUUACAAAGCAGGAAGUGAAGCGGGCUCACUUGUCUGCACCCAUCACUUCACCAAGUCCUUCUCGGCCAAUCAGAACGGCCGGCCGGACCUCAGCAGGCUGACUGGACCUAUGGUGGGGAAAGGGGGCGGGCUAACUCCGGCUGAGACCCCGCCCACCGUGAAGGCUCAGGAGAUGACUCCUCUGCAGGACUUGGUCAUUGAGGAAGACUCCAUGUCAGAUUCGCCAGAGAAAGAGGACACUGCGGACAGAGAGGAGACGGAGACCGGUGUAAACGAGGAGACGGAGACCGGUGUAAACGAGGAGACGGAGACCGGUGUAAACGAGGAGACGGAGACCGGUGUAAACGAGGAGACAGAGAGAGAAAGGGAGCGAGAAAGGGAUCAAAGUGCAGAGGAAGAGGGGAAAGAGACGGGUGGGGGUGCAAGCCCAGAAGUGGAGGAGGAACCACAGCCGUCUUCGCCUCCGAAUCCCUUCGACGCCAGCGACGAAGAGGAGGAGAAAGGGGAGGAAAAGGAAGACAGGAAGCUGGAGGAGGGCACGGCCAAUGGCGGCCCGCCUUCCACCCCAGUCAGUCAUUUUGGAGGCCCUGGCCGGCCUGUGCCCGCCCCCCGCCGGAUGGUUGACCCCUCUCCUCCGCCCCGCCCCGUGCCCAGAGCCCGCCCACCCAGGGUGACGGACAGCUGUGCGCUCAAUGGUGAUCCUGGUGAUGCGAGCAGGACCCCUCCCAAACCCAGAGAGAGGUCCCACUCCCCGGGCAGCCUGUCCAGUGAAACGCCCAAACCCAAAGACCCGCCCUGGUUGGCACUUGUCCAUUCAGAGCCCAGGAAAAAACCGGCCCCGCCCCCUCCGACUGGCAUGGCGACCCCGCCGCAGUCGGGGUCCGUCCCGUCCGUCAGGGGCGAGGGGGGGUCCAGACCCGCCACCCCUCCGCAGCCCGCCAACCCCUUCGAGGAUGACGAGGAGGGGGAGGAGGAGCCGGGGGAGGAGGGUGGAGGUUUGGCCCCGCCCGCAGUCGCAGCCAGCCACCCUUGGUACGGGAUCAGCCCGGCGGCUGAUUCGCCCGCCGGGGGCAGCCCGCGCAGUAAGAAAAGGCCCGCCCCCCGGGCCCCGCGGGCCUCUCCCACAGCGCCUCCUCUCUCCCAGCCCUCCUCCACCUCCCCCUCCCCGGCUCUCAGCACGGAGUCUCUCUCCUCCUCCUCCGACCACAGCUCCACCAGGCCUCCGCCCGGCGCCAGGGUGCCCGACCAGGAGCACCCUUUCACCAAGAGCGUCUCCGAGCCGUCAAUCAGCGAGCCCUCCGACUCCUCGGCCAAUCACCAGCCUCGCACGUCCUCCGGCCCCGCCCUCCCGCCCCCGCCUGCCAACACCAGCUCGGCUCCUGCCACCCCGCAGACCAAUCGCAGCGCAGGGCUGAGAGCCGCUCGCCCGCCGCCUCCCAGGCCCCCGUCCGGCCCCAGCCCCCUGGCCAAAGCGGGGACUCCUACCCCACCACCCGCCUCUGCACACGGGAAGCGGACAUGUAAGGAGAACCCCUUCAACCGGAAAGCCUCCCCGUCUGUCACCCCCCCGAAAUCCAGGCCUCCCAAGGGCCCCCGCCCCGCCCGUCCCCCGGCCCCGGGACAUGGUUUCCCCCUCAUAAAGAGGAAGGUCCAGUCAGACCAGUACAUCCCUGUGGAGGACAUCCAUGUGGAGAUGGGGGAGCUGGAGAGACAGCUGGACGAGCUGGAGCAGAGAGGGGUGGAGCUGGAGAGCAAGCUCAGAGACUGCCAGAAUGAUGAAGAGGAGGAGGCCAUGCUGGUGGACUGGUUCACUCUCAUCCAUAACAAACACAUGCUGGUGCGCAGGGAAGCUGUGCUGGUCUACACGGCUAAGCAGCAGAACCUCGAGGAGAGGCAGGCAGACGUGGAGUAUGAACUGAGAUGCCUCCUCAACAAGCCUGAGAAAGAGUGGAGUGAGGAGGACCGGGCUCGAGACCAGGAGCUGAUGGCAGAGCUGGUCACCAUCAUCGAGCAGAGGAACCACAUCAUCAACAGCAUGGACCAGGACAGGCAGAGGGACGAGGAGGAAGACAAGGUGCUGGAGGCUAUGCUGAAGAGGAAGGAUUUCCACAAGGAGAUGGAUGCAGAACAGAAGAAGAAAGGGGGCAAGUUUAAGCCCAUGAAGGUGCUGAAAAUGUUGAGCCAGAAGGGCGAGGGGGGCAAGAGCAAGAGCCCCCGCAAGGAGAAGAGCUGAGGGAAGGAAGGGGGAAGGGAAGGAAGGACGGAGAGGGAGAGGGAGAGAGAGAGAGAGAGAGCCUGGGGGGGGAAACGGAUGACAGAGGGGUGUGUGCUCUGUGAGGCGAGCGAAGGUCUGUUGCAAUACUUCACGUCACCGAGCGACACACUAGUGCAGUGCUGAAAGGGAGGUGGUGUGUGUGAGGGCUAAAGAGAGAAGACUGGAGGUACAUGAGUAACUGAGAAAUGAAAUGCUUUAUCCAGGCCCACCAUGCCACUGGAACCGCAAUGCAUUUCCUAUCUGUCCAGAAACACGUGUGUGGUGUGUAUAUAUUUUAUAUAGCCUUCAUGUAGAGAACUGUAAACGAGAAGCAAAAAAAUUAAGCUCACAAGAGACUGUAGAGGAUGCGUAACUGCGUAAAAGUUGAGUUAGUGUUGGCAAGAAUGAACCUUUAUCGAUACUGUGUCAUCCGAGGUGCUGUUUGACCUUUUUGACUUUUUCGGUAUAUUGCGAGCUCCAGAUCCGUACAUUUCCGGUUGCCUUUUAAUAGAACAGAAGCGAAUGCAGUGGUACAAAUGGGAAGCGUAUUUAUAGCUCUCCGUCUUCGAGGAUCUUGGCACCACAGGGACAGUGGUGAAAUGGGUCCCGCAGUAACAUUGACAUCUACACUCACUUUCUAACCUGAACUGUUACGCUCUGCUUCACUCUGCAGGGCGUGAUGCUGCAGGGCAGGUCUGUAAGGGGUUCUGUGCUGGUUCCUAUGAAUAUUAAUAAUAUCAUGGGAACGUUAGAAUGGCCAUUGAGACAGGGGUGGGCGAGCAUGUGGAAUGGCUGAAGGAGACUCGUCCUCAAGAACAAACGGAAUCGCCCAAGAGAAAGGGAGACCGGGGCAUGAGAACUGGGACUUGCUGCUGAAAAAUAAAACAAACUUAAUAGUUAUUUAAUUAAAGCUCAUCUCACAAAACACUGGCAAUCAUAUUUAUUAUAAAUGGUAAUUUAAUGGGUCGGAUGAGUGAUUAUAGUUUGGCUUUGAGGAGUGAAAAAUCACAGUGGAUGACCCCUGUGUUUGUGCUCUCCGUGGUGUUGGUACAAACCUUUUUAAAUCAGAUGUUUUCAGUUAAACAUAUUAGUGAGUUUGGAGCUAACUUCCUAGGCUGCGUACACCAUGAAAGGUCUCAGGAAAACCACUUGGACAGACCUGCAACUUGGAAGAACAUAUUUGGUUAACUUAGUUUUGCACUGAAAUAUUUCAGUGUAGCAGUGAUGUUAUAAAUGCUAAGAUGUCACAGGCAGAACUCCAGCCUUAUAGUCUAAAACCUGUAAAUAUAUAUCUCACCAACAAGCAAAAUUUAUCCUAAAAUGUGUAUUUAAAAACAUGGAUGCAAUGUACAUGAUUAAAGAAAUAACCUCAAAGGAGGUUGUGUUAAAAUGUGGUUUAUUAAUAUGGCAAGGAUGCUCACCAAACGGGUUAGCAUGCUACGAAUACUGGUUAUGCAAUGUUGCUUCUAAAUUCAGACUUUAAAAUCUGUUUUACUGUUAUGCCUAAUUUCAUUUGUCAGUGAGUUUUGCCUUUUAAAAUGCUAGAGUAAAACUGUAGAAGAAAGGGUUUUUGAAGUAAGGGUGUUUUUAAAAGUGCCAUUAUUUAAUUAUACUUUAUUUGUGAAAGUCUUCCUCUGUAAUUAUCCAUUCGCUGCUCUGUCUGUCAUCCACACUGACUCUACAGACUGACUGUCUUUACAUUUGUACUGGUAAAUUUGCAUCUGUCCAUCCAUUUUUAUGUUUUUUGUGUAAAUGCCUAUUUACUGUAACACGAACAAAGGGCUUUUGUCGAGCAGAAGAAAUGUUAUGCACUGUCUGUACAAAAAACCCAAACAAAACAUGAACAUAUAGAAAUCAGGAAAAAUAAAAUAAGUUAAUGAAACUAAAA